AUGGCGGCCCCGCUGCCGGGCGCACCUCACGCCACCUCCACCGGCUCCGAGCCCGCCGGAGCGCGGAAUGAACGACUCACGCCAUCGCCUCCCUUAGGAGCGGGGGCCCCUCCGCGGGGACAGGAGGGGAGAGAAGGGGAGGGGAGGGCAGGACAAACGACUGCUCCUGCCGGCUGCCCGAGCAGCACCGCCCAACAUGGCGCCGGCGCCCGCCCUCCCGCCUCAGCGCGGGCGGGGCCGGGGCGGGGUCGGGCGGCCCCUAUAAAGGCCCUCGCGCGGCGCUCAUCGCCCUCUUGCUCCGGCGUGGCUGAGGACGCUGCCGAGGCGGAGGGUGCAGGGCCUGCGGGAGACCUGAUGGGCGGCAGGGUCAGGCACGCGGUGAGGACACUUGCCCGGUUUGCUCUGCUGAGAGAAGGGGGGGUUAAGGGAAUCUUAGUAGAUAAAACACUGCUUAAUAAUUAUCUAGAUUGCUGUGCAGCCCAAAGAAUCAAGCUGAUAGAUAGUGUUUAAUGUUUUGCCAAUUAUUGUCUAAACUAACUGAGGCAAGAAGUCCUGUAGUUCCUCACAAAGGACAGUUCCUGAUAAGAACUAGAGACUUGCCCUAAGAACCAGCUAAAACCGACCCUGCGGUUUGGAUAAGAGCCAAGGAAAAACUGAGUCUGCGCAAGAGUAAAAGGUUACUAGCAGUGAUGAAGAGGAGUCGCCUGCCUUCAUCCUCACGACCCCCGACGACCACCACAAGGAGGUGCCGCGCAAGUGCAGUCGGGAGGAAUUUAUGAAAAUGACUCCUUGGAACUAAUUUUAAUACGAAGUGGGGAUAGGUCAUGCAUAUGUAUAGGCGUAUUGAGAAAUCUUAUGUAUAUGUAAUACUUGACUGUAUAAAUUUGGAGCAAGUUGCCGCAUCAGGCGUGCACGACUUUGGUGGGACUAACCCCCCUGUGCUGCCCAGCGCUGAAUAAACGUACCUACUUUACAAUCUCACAGACUGUGAAAUCUAUUCUCCGCAUGUCAGUUUGGCAAGCCAGGCAGGAGACUCUCUGCUUG